CGGCGAGCUCCGGAGCCCGCCCGCCAGCCCUGGGCCGGGGCUGAGGUCUGAGGAGAGGAAGGCUAAUGAAGAGGAGGGGAUGCGCUGCUUGCUGUACCUUUAAGAAGAGCGAGGGCAUCGCCGCUCCUCCCCUGCCUGGGAACAGCUUGUGCCUGGGAAAGUUGCCUGCAGCCGACCCUGGAGCAUCUUUGCUCGGUGGCCGGUGGCCCUGUCCCCGGCCCCCAGCUGCGAGGUGGCCCUGGGCCCCAGAGAUCCCCACUGUUGCUCCUCUUGCUGCCCACAAGAAGAUGCCCCUGGACCUGUCUGUCCAUUGCCCUGCCAGGAGCCGGAGGGGAGCCCCUGGGGCAGGGGCCAGGAGGGCACAGGCUCCCACGAUGAGCGGCCAACUCCUGCUCCUGGCUGUGCUCCCGGCGCUCCUGCGUCCUCCAGCUGCCAUGGCACAGAAGAGGAGCCAAGCAGUGUGUGAGGAUGUGCUGGAGGCUGACAUCGCCUUCCUGGUGGAUGGCUCAUCCAGCAUCGGGAGGAACAACUUCCGUGCUGUCCGCACCUUCAUGGAAGAGCUGGUGGGGCCCUUUGUGCAGGUGGUGGGUGAGAAGGCAGUGCGCUUUGCCGUGGCACAGUACAGUGAUGACCCACGGGUGGAGUUCUCAUUCUCCCAGCACACUGAUGGCACAAGUGUCCGGAGGGCCAUCCAGCAGCUGAGCUACAAGGGUGGCAACACACGGACAGGCGCUGGCCUCCGCUACAUUGCUGACAACUUCUUUGGCCCCGCGCAGCGCCGGCCUGGGGUCCCCCAGAUCUGCAUUCUCAUCACGGAUGGCAAGUCCCAGGACGAUGCUGAGGGGCCGGCAGCGAAGCUGAAGAGCCAGGGCAUCAAGGUCUUUGCCGUGGGAAUUAAGAAUGCUGACCGCAAGGAGCUGAUCCGUGUGGCCUCAAUGCCUACUGAGGCCUUCUUCUUCUACAUCGGCGAUUUCAAGCUGCUGGACACACUGGUGCCACUGAUAACACGAAGGGUGUGCACGACUGUUGGGGGCACCCUGCGCCUGCUGGAUGGGCCAAGCCACGCUGGCCCCUCCAACCUGGAGGUCCCGGAGCAGGGCCUCGACAGCCUGCAGGUCCGCUGGAGAGCAGCCAGCGGCCCCAUCACUGGCUACCGGGUGCAGUAUGUGCCACUGACAGGGCUCGGGCAGCCCAUCAUGGCCGAGAGGCAGGAGGUGAGCGUGGGGCCACGGGAGACAAACACCGUGCUGCGGGGACUGCGUGUUGGGACAGAGUACCUGGUCACUGUCACCGCCCAGUAUGCCAACAGCAUCGGCGAGUCGGUGUCUGCCCGAGCACGAACCCAAAGCCGUGCUGGCCCCAUGCUGGAUUUUCGCGUGGUGGAGACUGGACCAACCUUUCUGCGGCUGGCCUGGCAGCCUGGCCCCGAGCCCCCCCAGGGCUACAGCCUCAGCUAUGCUGCACAAGGAGCAGCCCAAAGAGAGGAGAAGAGCCUGGCGGCCAGCGCACAGUCAGCCACGCUCAGCAACCUGCAGCCCAACACUGAGUACCUGGUGAUGCUCCAGCCCCACUAUGCACAGCAGCCUGCUGUCCCUGCCACCCUCACCGCCCGGACACGGCACCUGGUGGGCGUGCAGCACUUGGCUGUCCACAACGUGUCGGCACAGAGCAUGCUGCUGGCCUGGCAGCCUGCCAGGGGUGCCACCGGCUACCGGCUCUCCUGGGCAACCCGCACUGGGCAGGACAGGCGCAGGGUGGACCUGGAUGCCGGGCAGGUGUCACAUGCAUUGGUGGGGCUGCAGCCCAACACCGACUACGUGGUGACAGUGGCCCCACUCUUCGGGCAGCUGGAGGGGCCCGCAGCCACUGUGCGGCAGAGGACAGAGGCAGGCACAGACCAGACGCUGCAGACCAACAUCCUGGGCCCCACAUCCAUCCAAGUGCUCUGGACCAGUGCCCGUGAUGCUCGUGGCUACCGUCUGGAAUGGAAGAGAGCCACAGGACCAGAGCCCCCCAGAACAGUGUCUCUCCCCAGCAGCACCAAUACUUACCAGCUGACGGGGCUGAAGCCGGGCACUGAGUACCGCAUCACCCUCUACACGCUCUAUGAUGGUGGGGAGGUGGCCACCCCUGUCACCACCUUUCAGACAGGCGUGGAGGCACCCGUGGGUGCAGUGUCAGACCUGCGGCUCGUUGAGGAAUCGGGCAGGUGGGUACGGCUGAGCUGGACCGGGGUCCCCGGUGCCACCGAGUACAAAGUGGUGGUGCGCAACAACCAGGAUGGCACGGAGAGGACGAGGCGCAUCCCAGGCAGCCAGACGGGGCUGGAGCUUGGUGACCUGCGGGAGGGCAUCACCUACCUGGUGCGUGUCUCGGCGCUGGCGGGCAGCCGGGAGGGUGGUGCUGCCACGCUUACCGUCCGCCUCAAGUAUCCGGAGGUGGGCAGCAUUUCGGAUCUGCGGGUGAUGGAGGCCGGUCCCAGCCAGCUGCGGGUCACCUGGCGAGGGCUCCCAGGUGCCGGGGGCUACCUGCUGACAUGGCAAGGCAGCGACGGUGUGAAGAAAUCCCGCUUCCUCCCUGCUGACCCCACCACCUUCACCAUCGACGGGCUGCACGCCAACAUCGUCUACACCGUCAGUGUCUCAGCCAUUGUGGAUGGCCGCGAGGGCCGCCCUGUCACUGCCACGGGACGGAUAGUGCCGGAGCAGGUGGGGAAGGUGACGCAGCUGGAGGUGCAGGCAUCCAGGAGCAAUGUUGCCCGUGUCACUUGGGUCGGUGUGCCGGGAGCCACUGCCUACCGUGUGGUGUGGAGCCGCAGGGACGGAGGAUCGGAGAAUAGCCGGCGAGUUCCUGGCCACACCAACUCCUUUGACAUCCCCGACCUGGAGGGAGGCGUCUCCUACACUGUGAAGGUGACGGCACUCAUUGGCAACCGGGAAGGCAACCCCGUCUCCGUUGUGGUCACCACCCCGGAGGCAGUCCCCCCACGCCCCGUCAGCGGCCUCCAGGUGACCGAGGCCUCGGAGCACCGCCUGCGCCUGGCCUGGCUGCCAGUGGCUGGCAGCACCGGGUACCGCCUGUUCUGGCGCCUGGCUGAAGGGGGGCCCCAGCACAGCCAGCAGCUCCCAGCCACCUCCAGCUCUUAUGCCCUGUCGGGACUGGAACCGGGCCGGCACUACCAUAUCAGCAUCACCAGCCUGGCUGGGGGCCGGGAGAGCGAGCCAGCCACCAUCACUGCCAUCACCACUGCCUCAAGCCACAUCACCAGCCUGCGGGUGACGGAGGUGCAGAGGGAUUCGGUGACUCUCACCUGGACCCCAGUCCCCGGUGCCUCUGGCUAUGUCCUCGCCUGGAGCCCUCCCGCAGCUGGUGGGGAGAAGGGGCGGACGCUGCCCAGCACUGCCAGCUCCCAGCAGGUCUCCGGGCUGCGCCUGGGCCAGCGCUACACCUUCACCCUCCGGCCGCUCCUGGGGAGCACUCCCGGAGCCGAGGCGUCCGUCAGUGAGCGCACAGUCUGCAGGGAUGCCCUCGGCGACGUGGUCUUUCUAGUACACGGCACCCGCAACAGCUCCUCUGGUGCCAGCGCCGUCCGCACCCUGCUCUCCAACACCGUGUCUGCCCUGGGCCGCCUGGGCCCCGAGGGCACGCAGGUGGCCCUGGCCACAUACAGCUACCGCAGCCUGCCCUGGCUGCUGCUCAACCGCUCCGCUGACCUGCCCACGGUGCUGGAGCAGAUCCGUGCCAUGCGCUACGAGGAGCCCAGCGGCAACGCCAUCGGGGCAGCCAUCUCCUUUGCCAGGACCUACCUGCUGAGUCCUGGCGCAGGGCGCCGUCCCGGGGUGCCGGCAGUGCUGGUGGUUCUGGCUGACAGCCCCUCUGGGGAUGAUGCCGUCACCGUGGCCAGGGAUGUCAAGGCUGGGGGGGUCCAGGUGCUGGCAGUUGGCUUGGAGGGGGCAGACCGGGAGCAGCUCCGGCGCAUGGUCACCAGUGAGGACCCGCGGUACCUCUACCAUGGCAGCGACCUGGCAGAGCUGGAGGGAGAGCUCACCGACGACCUCUGCACCAUCAUCUCCACCAGGCCGGAGCCGAAGCCAAAGCCCUGCACUGUGAAGUGCCCCAAGGGCGAGAAGGGAGACCGCGGUGAGGCAGGACUGCAAGGACGUAUGGGACCACCAGGUCUCCCUGGGCAGCCGGGUCGCCAUGGGCUUCCUGGCCCUCCAGGACCACCAGGGCCACGGGGUCCACCAGGAGAGAGUGCCGAGGGUCCGGGCAAGAAGGGGGACAGGGGAUUUCCUGGAGCUGAUGGGGCACCAGGAAGCCCUGGGCGCCCUGGGAAUCCUGGAUCACCUGGGCAGCCAGGCAUCCAGGGCAUCCCUGGUCCUCGAGGGGAUCCUGGGACACGUGGGCCCGUGGGACUUACUGGCCCAAAGGGGGAGAAAGGGGAACCGGGAGAGCCCAGGGUGAUCACGGAUGGAGAACAGGGGCUGCCAGGCCCGAGAGGGGAGCCAGGCGUGCCGGGCAGCCCUGGCUCACCUGGGAUCCCUGGCCCACGGGGGCCUCUCGGUGAUCCAGGCCCCCCCGGACCCAUGGGGCUACCAGGACCUCCAGGAGAGUUUGUGAAGGGAGAAAAGGGUGACCGAGGAGAAAGGGGCCCCCCUGGAUUCGUAGAUGGGGCAGUACCUCGAGGGGACCCUGGACCCCCAGGCCUCCCUGGGGACCCUGGGCCUCGGGGACCUGCUGGGCCCCCUGGCCUGAAGGGAGAGAAGGGUGAUGGCACAGAAGGUUUCCCAGGCUCACCUGGCCGCCCCGGGGACCCAGGAGACAGGGGUCCCCGGGGACCGCCGGGGGAGCAGGGCAGGAAGGGAGACCGUGGGGCACCGGGCGAGCUGGGAGAGACGGGCGAGAAGGGAGACCGUGGUGUGCCAGGCCCAGAGGGUGAGAAGGGUGAGAUGGGAGCCCCAGGGCACCCGGGGCCGCCAGGCAGAGAGGGAGCUCCAGGACCGACUGGCCCCCGGGGGGAGAAGGGCGAUCCAGGACCGCCUGGCAGGCCAGCUCCCGGCGUGGCUGGUGUUGGAGAGAAGGGUGAAAGAGGUUUCCCAGGACCAGAAGGACCUCCUGGCCCCAAGGGUGACACAGGAGAUAAAGGUGCCCGUGGUCCCCCUGGCCUGAGCAUCCCAGGGCCAGCUGGCCCCAAAGGCGAGCAGGGCGAUCGGGGGAUCGUUGGCCUCACAGGCAGGAGUGGCCCAAAGGGUGACCCAGGAGAGCCAGGGGAGAAGGGGGAGCCGGGCCGAGCAGGCAGCCCUGGGCAGAUGGGGCUGCGAGGCAAGGAGGGAGAGCGAGGAGAGAAAGGUGACGAAGGCACGCCGGGCGAAGCGGGUCUCCCUGGCAAGCCUGGAGACAGGGGUCCCCGGGGCCUUCCUGGCUACCGUGGCCCCCCCGGGGAGAAGGGUGACCUGGGGGACCCCGGACCUGAAGGCAGGAAUGGCAGCCCUGGAGCACCAGGGAGCAAGGGUGACCGUGGGGACCCGGUGAGUGAUGGCAGGGCCACAUUACUGCCUCCCUGUUCUCCAUGCCCAUGGGCUGGUGUCCAGCCCCAUGUGCUCCAGCAGCUCCUCUCUGCCCCACAGGUCGAUGUUGGGCUUGGAGGAGUGGGGACAAAGGGUGAGAAGGGGGACCCUGGGGACCCGGGUGAGGACGGCGCCAAGGGUGCCCGGGGUGAUGCUGGCUCCCCUGGAGUGCCUGGAGAGAGGGGUGUGGAGGGCCCCCGUGGCCCCCCUGGCACACGGGGUGACCCUGGGGACCGAGGCCUGCCAGGAGAGAAGGGGGACCGUGGCCCACCAGGGCUGGAUGGCCGCAAUGGGCAGGAGGGCAAACCUGGGCCCCCGGGGCCCGUUGGGCUGCGGGGUGACCCGGGAAAGCAGGGAGAUCCUGGCCGGGAUGGGCUGCCUGGGCUGCGUGGGGAGCAGGGACCCCCUGGCCCCGUGGGUCCCCUGGGACCACCUGGCGUGCCUGGCAAACCCGGUGAGGAUGGCAAACCUGGCCUGAAUGGCAAGAAUGGAGAAGAUGGGACACCAGGAGAGGAUGGGAGGAAGGGAGACAAAGGUGAUGCAGGACUACCUGGGAGAGAGGGCCGCAGCGGUGCCAAGGGCGAGCAGGGGGACAGAGGUGUGCCAGGCCCCCUCGGCCCCCCUGGCCUCCCCGGUGUCCCAGGGCAGGUUGGCCCUCCAGGCCAGGGCUCCCCAGGCCUCCGUGGGGUGGCUGGACCAAAGGGGGACCCAGGGGAGCCUGGACUGCGAGGGGAGCCGGGGCGACCUGGCAACCCUGGAGCACGUGGAGACCCUGGGACUACAGUGAACAUUGAACGUAGCCUGGAAGCACUUGGCAUCAAGGUUUCAUCCCUGAAGGAGCUCACGGGUGCCUAUGACGGCAGCUCAGACUCCUUUCCGCCGGUGGUGGAGCGGCUGCGGGGCCAGAAGGGCAGUCGGGGGGAUCCAGGAGAAAGGGGGCCCCCAGGCCGAGAGGGCUCCUUAGGCUUCCCUGGCGAGCGAGGACCCAAAGGUGACAAGGGAGACCCAGGUACCCCCGGCCCCCAGGGCCCCAUGGGCCGGGCCGUGGGUGAGCGGGGUCCCGAGGGCCCGCCUGGGCAGCCAGGGGAGCCUGGCAAGCCAGGCAUUCCUGGGGUGCCGGGCCGGGCUGGGGAGCUGGGGGAAUCCGGGAGGUCCGGCGAGAAGGGCGACCGAGGCGAGAAGGGCGACCGAGGCGAGCAGGGAAGGGAUGGCUUGCCUGGACCCCCCGGGCCCCCAGGGCCCAAGGUGGACGUGGUGGAGGGCAGCCUGAUGGGCCUCCCAGGCGAACGCGGCCCCGUCGGACCCAAAGGAGCCAAGGGUGAGCCCGGAGCUGAGGGCGAGCGGGGACCCAAAGGAGACAAGGGUGAUGGUGGCUUGAGGGGCGAGCGAGGGGAGCCUGGUGAGAAGGGCAGGGACGGCAGCCCUGGUCUCCCGGGUGAGAGAGGGCUGGCAGGCCCUGAGGGGAAGCCGGGCUUGCCAGGCUUUCCUGGCGUGCUGGGACGCCCGGGCAAUCAGGGAGACCCAGGACCACCAGGACCUCCGGGCAGCGCUGGCCCACCAGGGACCCAGGGCCCAGCUGGUGCCAAGGGUGAUCCGGGGGAACCUGGCUCCGGCAUCCGUGGCUUGCCUGGCCCCCAGGGCAACAUGGGCCUGCCAGGACCCCUUGGCCCCCCCGGCCCAGGGGGCCCGCCGGGUGUCCCUGGGCUGCCGGGACAAGUGGGGGAGAGCGGGAAGCCAGGCGUGCCGGGCAGGGACGGUGUGCCAGGGAAGGACGGCGAGGCAGGAGUGCCUGGGAAGAUGGGCUUACCGGGACCUUCGGGGCCUGCUGGUCCCAAGGGAGAGCCAGGGGAUGCUGGAGCCCCAGGGCAGGCCAUCCCCGGCCCCCCUGGAGCCAAGGGAGAGAAGGGUGAGCCGGCGCUGCUGGAGGGUGUGCUGCUGGGAGAGCCCGGCUCCAAGGGUGACCGAGGCUUGCCAGGCCCCAAGGGUGAGAAGGGGGAGCCAGGAAAGCUUGGAGAGCCAGGAGAUCCUGGGGAAGAUGGAGCCAAGGGAUCCUCUGGAGCCAAAGGGGAGAAGGGAUCGCUGGGUGUCGGUGCACGGGGACCACCAGGACAGGAUGGGCCUCCAGGUUUGAAGGGUGACACUGGCUUGCCAGGAUUACCAGGACCCCCAGGCUUAGCAGGCCCUGCUGGGAUGCCAGGACAGCCAGGCCUGAGAGGGGACAAUGGACAGCCUGGCCCUCCAGGUCCCCCAGGAGAGAGGGGUUUGAUCGGCUUCCCAGGCAGGGAUGGCACCGCUGGACCCCCAGGACCUGUGGGGCCCCCAGGGCCGGCCGGCAUACAAGGGGCCCCUGGCCUGAAGGGUGACAAGGGUGCUGCAGGGGCUGGGCUGCCAGGAGCCAGAGGUGAACGUGGUGACCCAGGACCACGGGGUGAGGAUGGGCGCCCAGGGCCAGAAGGGGACCGUGGGCCAGCAGGCUUGCCUGGGAACCGCGGGGAGCGUGGGGACAAGGGAGACCUUGGGGCCCCAGGGCCCAAAGGAGACAAGGGUGAUACUGUGGUGGUGGAGGGGCCGCCAGGAGCACGGGGCAGCAAGGGGGAGCCGGGAGAGCGUGGCCUGAAGGGCACAGAAGGGGACAAGGGGGACAAGGGGGAGCAAGGCAUGCCCGGAGAGAAGGGCACAAGGGGUGAACAAGGAGAGAAGGGCUCCACGGGUUUUCCUGGGGCACGUGGCCCUAGUGGGCAGAAGGGAGAGAUUGGAGCACCAGGAGAGCCUGGAGAGCCGGGCCAGCCUGGCCGCGAUGGCAUCCCCGGGGCCCGGGGGGAGAAGGGGGACACGGGACCCCUGGGCAUGCGUGGCCUCAAGGGUGAGCGGGGCAUGAAAGGUGCCUGUGGCCUCAAUGGGGACAAGGGCGACAAGGGAGAGCCAGGGAUCCCGGGGCGCUCGGGACUGCCGGGGAGGAAAGGCGAGCCGGGAGAGCUGGGUCUGUCGGGACCACCAGGCAUUCCUGGAAAGGAAGGGCUCAUGGGACCCAAGGGUGACCGGGGAUUUGAUGGGCAGCAGGGAGCCAAAGGAGACCAGGGGGAGAAAGGAGACCGGGGUGCCCCGGGUGUUAUGGGUGGCCCUGGUCCCCGGGGCAGUGACGGUGCUCCUGGCCCCCCUGGGCCCUCAGGGAGCGUUGGCCCACGAGGUCCUGAGGGCAUGCAGGGCCAGAAGGGGGAGAGAGGCCCCCCUGGACAGUCAGUGCCUGGUGCACGUGGCAUGCCUGGCAUCCCUGGUGAGAGAGGAGAGCAGGGCAGUCCUGGCCCCCACGGGCUCCGUGGGGAGAAGGGGGAGCCAGGCAUGACGGAGGAGGAGAUCCGCGCCUUCGUCAGGCAGGAGAUGAGCCAGCACUGUGCCUGUGGUGGCCACCUUCCACGGCAUCAGGAUUCACGUGAGCACUCAGGUUGCAGCUCUUCCUUCCUAUCCCCCUGCCCCACUCGUGUGGCACAAAAGGAGCCCUGGCACCCAGGAGGCUGGGGGGCUCAGGCCAGGAGCAGCUUCCACUCUGCCCAGGGAGCAGGAAGAAUCGUCCGCCAGGAGAACGAGCAUGACCAAACAGGGUCCUCCUCCACUCAGCCGUUCCUUGCUGGCAGCGCUCACGUAGUCCCUGUGCUCAAGUUGUCACAUACAGAGGAGGAUGAGGGGCAGGACAGGCAGAUCAUGCUCGACAAUGACGACCUCGCCUAUGACAGCCUGGAUGAAGAGGAGGAGGACUAUGAUGAGGUCCCGGAGAUGGACAGCCUGGAGCCCCCCACAGUGGAUGCUGAGCCCUGCCGGCUGCCGCUGGACGAGGGGCACUGCCAGCGCUACACCCUGCGCUGGUACUACAACCAAAGAGCCACCGAGUGCCGGCCCUUCGUCUACAGCGGCUGCCGGGGCAACCCCAACCGCUUCGGCAGCCGGGAGGAGUGCGAGCUGCGCUGCGGGCAGCGCCCGGGGCCAGAUUCCCGAGGCAGCGCCGGCAGCGAGGUGCGAGGGCAGCCAAAGGUGUAGGUGCAGGCAGUGUCUCGGCAGGCUGGGCUGCCUGGAACCGGGGCCCAGCGCUGCCCUGGCCGGGGCUGGCAGCAGCCUGGACCCUCCAGCCCCAGCAGGAACCUGGUGCUAUUUCUAAACUGUCUUUAUGCUGCUCAUGGGUUUUUCAUUUCAUAUCAGUUUUUUGUCAUUAAGGUGAAAUUUAUGUCAAAUGGGAAACUGCCUCCCUCCGAGGCUCUGAACCCCCUGUUCCCACUGGGCUGUUCUUGGUUUGAUUUUUAAAUUAUUUGUUGCCAGCAGAAGGGUUCUUAGCCCUGUUCCCUCUCUCUGGAAGCAGAGGUAGGACUUGGCAUAGUUGGGCUCCCUCCCCUCCCAUAACACCCUUGUACCCUUUCCUGCCCCCCAAACUCCCUCUCUGCUGGGAGAGCUGCCCACAUCCUUGUGCCAGGCAGUGCCUCCCUGCACAACAUCCCUCACCCCCACCCUGCAAUGAGCUCCAUCUGAAUAAAUUUCACCUUAACCUCAGCUAGGGCCCAGUUCCCCUUCUGUGGCUGCGAUGGUUUGGCGGUGACCUGUGGGGAGGCUGGAGGCUCUGGCCAUGUGCUACCUUCCAGCUCACACAUCUGCCAGCAGCACAUCUGGCCUUAAUCUGGGGGGUCUCACCUGCACCCCCAGGCCUGUCAGGGAAACCCUGAGGAUGGUGCUACGUUAGAAGCAGUUCCUGCUCGCCCACACGUACUCAAAGGCUUUGUGAAAGUGAUGUCACAGCCCUGCUCCCCCAGCCCCAGGGCUGAGUAGGGACGUGCCCUUCACUCCCCCGAGCCCCAGGGGUGCUGGGUGGGCUUUGUGGCCCCCACACGUUCUGCUGUUCUCUGUGUAUACCCACAAUCAGCAAGUGUCUAUGUGUACCAAUGCAGGGAGAUGUGUAUUAAAGCUGUGCUCACAGGGAGAUGUCACA